AUGCCUGCUCCCAGAAAAGCCGGGAAGAAGAGCUCAGAGCCGGAGUUUCAGCCUCCGCCCUACGACCCCUCCCUCCCUGAGCCUCAGAGCAGAGAGCAGCUCCGAGAACACUGGUUUCCUCUGAGUCUGGACGACCGCACGGCACAGAAGCUGCUGUGGCUGUCGGAGGGCGGAGCUAAAGUGGCAAGGACCACGGACGCCGUCUGUCCUUAUCCAAUCAGAGCAGAGCGCUAUGACCACUCUCCCCAGGUUCUCUGUAGGGAGUGGAUCCUGGGCUGCAGAGCGUACUGGGAGGUGGACUUCUCUGGGUGGGUGGUGCUGGGCCUGGUGCAGGAGAGUGCUCCUCGGAAAGCUCAGGACGGAGUCUGUGGUCUGGGGGAGAACAGCACCUCCUGGGGAGUGGGCUGGUCUGGCUCCUGCUACCAGAUGUGGCACAAUGGUGAGAAUGUGGAUGUAAACCUGCCUCUGUCUGGUACCAUGGGUGUGUAUGUGGACCAGCCGGCAGGACUGAUCAAGUUCCUGGUGGUGGAGGAACCAGAGGGAGGAACCAGCGAGGUGAGAACCAUCGGCUCCUUCAGGGCAGAGCUGAAGGAAAAGCUGCUGCCGGCAUUCUGGAUCGGCACGAGCUCCUGGUGCGUGCUCCGGAAAAAACAGGACUGA